GUCCGCAAACUCCAACGCAGCCACUUACAGAUUUAAACUUCACUUCUCAACUCCAAAAACGGUCUCAAAAGUCGUCAUUACCGUGAUGAUGGGCCAGGCCCGAAAAUUUGGUGUAAUGUUAAUUUUAAUUUUGAUUUUAAUCGCAGUGAAGAGACCGAUUUGGAGUUGAGAAGUGAGGUUUAAAAGUAGUACUCUCUGUAAAUCCUUCUUGAUUGAAAGGCCAGUCCAGUCCCUUUCCAUGCCAGUGCCAGCCGGGGGGUGAUGGAUGGGGAAUUCCCCAGCUCUUAAGGUGGCAGUCUGGGUUCAGAGGGUCAAAAAACAAAGUUUCGAUUUUCUGUAUUUUUUCACUGGCAGCGUCUUGUGUAUGGUCCAAAGGGUUUAUCCUGAAAAUUUGAGCGUAAUCGGGUGCUUCCUUCCGGAGAUAUAGCCGCGCAAAGUCUGCACAAUUGUUUUUGAAAUACUGAAAUAUCAGCAAAUUUCUACAAAAUUUAGGUUUGCACACUAUUCCGAUUUUUACCGUCAAUCUUUGAGCGAUUUCAUUAAAAUUUUCUGGAGCGACUCCUGGUACUCCUCUGCGCUGCAGACUGACAGCCGCGCACGAUGUUUGUCACCAUGGCAACCAAGAUAACUUUUGCGCAUGCGCAAAUUCAAAAAAAAUUCAAAUUUCGACUCUCAUGAUCUCAGCUGAUCGCUCUGCUGUUGAAACUUUUGGAGUAAUUGUUUUGGAGUAAUUGUUUCUUGGAGCUAACCCCUUCGUUGGCUACUAUGGGGAAGUCUAGAGCCAAGGGAAAGCCCGGACGAUCUAAGAAAAGGAAAAGAACGUUCUAUGGAGUGUCUCAGGCGCCGAAGGCUCCCUCUGGUAAAAUUUCGCCUGCAGAACAAAUUCCUGACUUGCCACUGUCUGAUGACGACCUUGAAGUGUCAGCUGAAGCCACGUCUUCAAGCAGCGAUAGUGAUGGAAGUGGCGGUGAAGUCGACAGCAGUUCCUCCGACAGUGACUUGGAUGAAGAGUGUGAGGAAGGGGCGCAUGGAUUUCGCCUGAUUGAUCUCGAGUGCCUUCAGCAGCUUUUGUCAGCUGCAGUUUGUUGCAGUGGCUGUAAUGGCGCAGUCACGAUCAGCGAAUCGCAACGGGGAGGCCUUGCAUCAUGCCUGGAGCUUUCCUGUGUUAACUGCGGCGACAUAGCAAGCGAAUUUAUGUCCAAGAAGUUCAAUCGGGUCUGGGAGGUGAACAGACGAGCAGUAUUCGGAAUGCGACUGAUUGGCCGUGGACGUCAAUCAAUGGUAAAGCUGGCGGGUGCACUGAAUGUGCCAUCACCUAUGAGUCGGUCGACAUUUUACAGCCAUGCUAAAGGCCUGCAUUCCGCGUCCAAGAGCGUCGCUGAGCGUAGCAUGACUGAGGCAGCUGAGAAAGCAGUGUCCGCAGCAGAUGGGGGUAGCGAUAUCGCUGCUUCUUAUGACGGUACCUGGAUGCGCCGAGGAUUCGCAUCGCUCUUCGGAGCCUUCACUAUAAUUGCAUAUGAUGUCGGCAAAGUGGUGGACUGCGAAGUGCUUUCAAAGUUUUGCCACAAGUGCACGCACUUGGCGUCUAGAAAAGAGAAGGGAGAGCUAACCAAAGAUGACUAUGAUCGACAGAUUGCCGAACACGAUUGCUCAGUCAACACCACUGUAUCAGCUCCUGCCAUGGAGAGUGCAGCCGCCAAGACUCUGUGGGCCAGGUCCUUUGAGAGCCGCAAGCUGAGGUACACCACCUACAUUGGUGAUGGAGAUACCAAGAGUUUUAAGGCUGUGCGUGACGCUUGUCCGUAUGGGCCCGAGGUGCCUGUAGUCAAGGAGGAAUGUGUCGGCCACGUUCAAAAACGCAUCGGUACCAGCCUAAGAAAGCUGAAGAAAAACCUUGCGGGCAAGAAGCUUGCUGAUGGGCGCACUUUAGGCGGACGUGGUCGCCUCACGGAUGCCAUGAUCGACAAGCUGCAAGCCUACUAUGGCAUGGCUGUGCGGAACAACAGCGGAGACUUGCAAGCCAUGGCCAGGGCCAUAUGGGCAUCCCUCAUGCAUCGUGCAUCCAGCGACAGUAAACCUCAGCACCAGUAUUGUCCGCCUGGAAUUAACAGCUGGUGUAGAUGGCAGCAGCAACAGGCAGGUGGUGAUGUCUACGCCCACCACAAUAUCCUGCCAGAGGCAGUAUGGAAGGAACUGAAGCCGGUCUACAUUCGGUUGUCCGACCGGAGUUUGCUCGAGCGCUGCCAGAAGGGUGCUACGCAGAAUCGCAACGAAGCGUUCAAUGGACUCGUGUGGCAGUUGUGUCCAAAGACAGGCUUUGCAUCCGCUCCCACUGUCCAGAUGUGCGUCUACCUGGCCGUGGCCUGGUUCAAUGAUGGAGGUGUGGCAGUGAAACGCGUUCUGGACGAGAUGGGCCUCCCUACUGGAUACCAUACGACACGUCUCAUCAAGCUGCUAGACCGUGAGAGACAGGCACAUGCUGCCAGAAAGAAGUCAGAAGAAGGGAAGAGGUCACGAAAGAAGCGAAGGAGGAUCAGGAAGGGCAUCCAGGAUGAGCAGCAAGAGGAAGAAGGUUUGACAUAUGAAGCUGGUGGCUUCGACUAAGUUCUAGUAAGUUCUAGUUGGACAGACAUACCUCCAUCUGUACUUGCACAGAGCACUUUUUUUCUCCAUUUUCCACUGAGUCCCGUACCUCUUAGACAGCGUAGCAAAGAACCUGUAAGUCACAGACCCCAUAAACCAUACAUUUUUGGAAACUGUGAGCAUUUA